AUGUCUACACCAACGCAAACCCGUCCCGUGAUAACCAUCUACCCAUCCCCCCAAGAGGACGUCAGUGCCUAUCUGGCCGCUAUUCGCCUCGCUUCCUCCGUUCGCAAUAGCAUGGAUGCUCAAAAGGCUGGUGUCGACGGUGAAGAGGCUGCCGUGUAUGCCGAUUCUUGGGGGCGCCAUCAUCCAAACUUCCCCCCUCCACCCUCACCCACCCCUGGAGGACGCGAGCCGGUCCAAAUUCUCAACGAGACUUCUUCUGCCGACUUCGCCUCGAACACCACCAAACCGGGCUUCGUCCACCCCCGAGACCGCUACCCAUCACCCAGCCGUUCCUUGAGCACAGCUGAUUCUCCCACCGGUGCCACUCUCGAGGCUUUAAAACGACAUCACGGGCACUUUCCGCCACCAGAUCCUCCUAUGAGCACCGGCACCGGCCCUAUCCUUGAGGACGAGGCAGCUAAUACUCCCGCUGGCGUCAAGCUCGAGGCCCUGGAACAACAUCACGGGCAUUUUCCACCACCAGAUCCUCCUAUGAGCGCCGGCACCGGCCCUAUCCUUGAGGACGAGGCAGCUAAUACUCCCACUGGCAUCAAGCUCGAGGCCCUUGAACAACAUCACGGGAUUUUCCACCACCAGAUCCUCCUAUGA